AUGGCGAGUCGGGGCUGUGUAAAUGGAUUGGGAAUUCUCCUGAUAUUCUUAGUGGAUUUACUCGGGAUCACGGCGACCAACAUGGAGCCCAUCUACUGGAAUUCCUUGAACAAAAGGUUUAGUGACGAUAAGGGUUAUGUCCUGUACCCUCAAAUUGGUGAUCGUCUGGAUCUCAUUUGCCCGUCUUCAGAUCCGCCUGGCCCUCGUGCCCCUGCUGAUUAUGAGUACUAUAAACUGUACCUGGUUUCGUCUCGGGAGCAGGCAGACAGGUGUGAAGUGACCGGAGCCCCGAACCUGCUUCUCACCUGCGAUAAACCCAACAGCGACAUGCGCUUCACCAUCAAGUUUCAGGAGUACUCGCCAAACCUGUGGGGCCACGAGUUUAAGACCAACCACGACUACUUCAUCAUUGCUACAUCAGACGGGACGCGUCAGGGGCUGGAGAGCAUGAGAGGAGGAGUUUGCGCUACACAGGGCAUGAAGGUGGUGCUGAAAGUGGGACAGAGUCCAUAUGGUCUGCCAGCCAAAUCUCCAAAACCUGACUCCGCGGGCCGUAUCAACAACCCAAACCCAGGUACUGGAAACAGCACCCAUCCGCAAAUUCCCCCUAGAGGUUCUGGUGGUGAAAACGGCCCCCUUCCUGCCUCCAACAUCGCAGUUAUCGCCGGUGCGGCUGGCGGUUCAGCAUUCCUCCUGCUCGUCACUGCUGUGAUCUGCGUGGUGUGCUACCGACGCCGACACGCCAAACAUUCCGAAUCGCACCAUCCUCCCCUGUCCCUCUCCUCUCUGACCUCACCCAAACGGGGAUGUGGCGGGGGCGUAGGGGGCGGCAACAACAACGGCUCAGAGCCUAGCGACAUCAUCAUCCCACUGCGGACUUCUGACUCCGCCUACUGCCCGCACUACGAGAAAGUGAGCGGGGACUACGGCCAUCCGGUCUACAUCGUACAGGAGAUGCCUCCUCAGAGUCCCGCCAACAUCUAUUAUAAAGUAUGA